CUCAUCUACGCUUACCUAUCAACUACAAAUAGACCGCAGCGGCCAUGCAACUACAACAAAACUCUUUCCACCAUUGUAAGAAAUUUUGAUCGUGAAAACAAGCAGAGCGGAACGGGACUGUUCGCGAUCCUUGUGCUUGAACAAGCGCCAUCUUGUUAAUCAUCAGCUCUUCCGCAGGAGGGAAAAGUCUCAUUUGCUUUGUCCUCCUCGUGUGGUUUGACAUGCACGUCCGGGUCGGCUUGGCAACACAAGCUGACCGUAUAGCGUUGAGUAACAGAGACACAGAUCAAUUUAGGGCAUUGUGUUCACGGUGCACACUGUCCAAAAUGAAGCGCUCGGUUGUUGGAUUUGCGAUCGGCUCGUUCAUGUUAGUUGGAAUUAUCGUAUUUCAUACAGAAAUUGGAGACUUUUUUCUGCGCAACUCGCCUGUGCCAGUCAUCUACGAGGAGAAUUGUCAAAGUCACAAGUAUGAAAAGGAUAAUGCUUACACAGAUACACCAAUCAUCCCUGUGGCAGAGUGUCGCAGAGGUCAUGUGCCCCCUACACGAUCUGAGAUACGAACACUUGAACCUGGUCAAUUGACUGAAAUAUACCACAGUUACGUGGAAAACAUCCAGGUGGCGUGUGGAGACAUGAAGAGAAUGGGGCUUCAGCAAGAUGGCGGCUGGGAGAUCUGUAACGACCCCCUCGUCAAACCAAAGAAACCGUGUCUGGUCUAUUCCUUCGGCAUCAACAACGACUUCAGUUUCGACGACGCGACGGAACUGGAAUACGGAUGUCAAAUUCAUUCUUUUGAUCCGAGUAUGGGUAAAGACGACCAUCAGCGCAGCAAAGGCAUAAUGUUUCAUUCUUUGGGAAUUUCGGACUACAACGGCAGAUCAGAGAGAAAAUGGCCGAUGAAAACCCUCAACUGUAUACGCGAGUCUCUUCGCCACACGCAGACUACAAUUGAUAUUUUGAAAAUUGAUAUUGAAGAUAUGGAGUGGAAGGUGAUCCCGGAAAUGAUGAGAAACAACGCGUUACACAACGUGACACAGUUUGUAUUUGAGGUGCAUAUUUCACUGCAACAUACAGACGCUCCUCCAGACAAGUACAUAACGGCACUGGAAAUAUUCCGGGAUCUAUAUGAUCUCGGUUAUCGGAUUUUCCUCACACAUAGAAACCAGUAUUGCCAUUACAAGUCGAUGUCAGGAAAGCAGAGGACUUCUUGCCAUGAAAUUUUUAUGAUGAAAGUUUGCUGAGUGGGAUUAGCGACAGUUUUGUUUCUGACCUUUUAUUUGUGGUUUUGUUUGUGGUGCUAGCCGAUCUCACGCAUAUCAUGGUAUUUCUGAAAGAUUGCUCACAAUUGAGUUUGUACGGUGGACGUUUCACGAAAAAUGACAGGGGUCACGUGAUAUGUUCUCAAUCCAUGUACCAUUUGAUUCCAACUAGUGACUGCGGAUCUUGGCACGACUAUGGGACGCUACUCUGUAGUGUUUGCAAGAUCAGUCAUACCCCCAUUUGUGGAGUAAUCAUUCACCGUCCAUGUUGUGUUUUUCUCACUUCAAAACAAAACAAUUAUCUGAAGACGAUUGCAAUCUUCAAAUGUCUGAAGACAACUGGACUCACGUAUGUGCAACAAACUGAAGCCAGUAUGCAAAUGUCCAAAGACUGCAAAUAUCUAAAGACUGUUAGACCCACGGAUUUCGAAAUGUUUCAAGACUAUUGGACCCGCGUGACAGCACUCAAUAGCAAUAACAGGAUUGGAAGGUUUGCCUAGUCCACCAGUGGGCACAGCGGGUUGAUGAAUACACCACAGAUCUUGAACUCCACCCUAGUCCCCUGUCCUGUGGAAAUGGAUUCUUCCGAUGUGCGUGGAAAACCUACUGUUGACGGUUGAUUGUUUUAUCUUCAUCAGCAAGAUAUUUUAAGUUUUUGGAAUGUUGUCUUCCACAUCACUUCCGGUCAUUUUAUUGGUUUUAUUCAUAUAUUAUAUUCAUUUCAGUUUAAUUUUAUGAUAAUUCUUUUCUCAGUAUUAAAUCAUGUACUUCCUUUACGAAAAACUAAUGCUUAUGGAAAUACUGUCAGGCGGGUUUGCGUUUAUGAUUUUAUAUUAUUUCUAUAUAUGAAUAGUUACAUUUGAUAACUAUUAUGUAUCGUUCCAAAUUUGAAUUCAUUGGUCAUGAUAUUUAGAUAAAUUUCAAUUUAUUUAAUGUGCAAUUGGAACACUAUACACUACCGCAUUGGAUAUAUUUUGGGCAAUUGCAGCUCCUUACAUAGAACCGGCAUCGUUUAAUG